GUUCAGAUAAGACCUGAAGGGUUUGAAUUUUGAAAUCCUUUCGCGCCGGGGUGGUUUGGAUUCUCUCGUGUUUCAGGUUCGACUCGAAUCACAUGUACCAGAUUUUGCAACAAAUCCACACUUUUGACAAUGAGCGACUACAAAAACACGCCCUGAUCCGGCGAUAAUCGCACGCUUACUCGCCUAUGUCGCGUUGAAUCGGUUCCCUUCGUGAAGAUCGCAGGCUAAGCAAAAGUGACACCCCCGUUCUUAGUCGCUGCCGCAUUCUCUCUACCAUUCUCCUUAUAUCGAGGAUGUUUCUAGAAGCCAACAUACCUAUCGUAGGCUCCAAAUCGCUCACAGAUCAGCGCGAUUGGCGGGAACGGCGGUGGCUCUAGGAUACCAUGGCGUCGCGUUCAACGUCUUUAAGGGGCCGAGCGAGAAGGUCGAGCCGCGCGAGCGGUGCGGCGUGAAGGCGAUUCCGAUGGACAUGCUGCAGGCGACUCGAGAGCGAGUGCGGCUCGCGCUGAAAGGAACACAGCCCCUUACAGCCCAAGACCCAGUCUUCACCCAGCUCAUCCGAGUCACUGCAGCAGUGGAGGAGGGGGGACCCGACGUGAUCGCUGAGCGCCUGCCCACGGUAGUGGGAUCGGCUAUGACCUGGCGGCCGUGCAACCAAUGACCAGCGACAGCUUCCUGUCCGCCUGUUUCAACAGCAAGGCGGACAUCAUAUCUCUAGACGUGUCCCACUAUGUGCCAAGCCGACCCUCCCCUGCCGCCAUCAAAGCAGUGAUGCAGGCUGGUCGCGUGUUUGAGUUUUCCUACGGCCCUGUCCUCUCAGACCGCUCCCUAUUAGCACCCUUGCUACAGGGAAUCAAGGAGGUCUCAGAGGUGACACGUGGCAAGUGCCUGAUUCUAUCCUGUGGUGCCACAGCAGCACGGCAGCUGAAGAGGCCUGCUGACGUGGCAGCCUUGCUGUCACUGGCGGGUCUGACACGUCAUCAGAUCCGCGUUAUCCUGACCGUCACUCCCAAGAAGCUUCUGGCUCGUGCAGAGUCACGGCGGCAGCAGAACCAGCAGCAGCGGCCGUGCGUGGUGAUCCACCCAUCCAUGUCAUCAGCAGCAUCACAAGCAGCAAUACCUCAAUCUCCCCCAGACACUGCCCUCCUCUCUUCGCUCUUCUCCUCCCUCACCUUCCUCCGCCCUCCUGGAUACUCCUCCCUCUCUGCUCCUGCCGCCGCUGCAGCUGUAGCUGCCGCUGCAGCUGCCGCAACUAGCGCUUCUGCACCGCAACUAGCUCGUGGGGCAGGCGAUGCGGUUACCACUGAUGAUACUGCGCCUGAUUCUAUGUCUGCUCUAAAGCAGAAACACUAAGUGGGGGGGAAGCAAGAGAUAGGAAGUGUGAAGCUGAUGAACUUGCAGCAAGAAAGUACGGUGCGUGCGAACAAGUCACACGGAAAACGCAAACGAGGCUAAAUGCUACCGGAGCAUGGCAGUUUUGAAGUUGAGGAUGUGAAAAGUUCCAAGUGUGUUGUGUUUUUUCAAGGAUUUUGAUAAACUGUUGUAGGCCUUCCUUUUCUAGCCCAGAGCGAAGUGUACCGUAAUCCCCCUGAUAU